UGUAUGAAGUGCUGACUAGCUCCGUGCAGGUGCUGACUAUUUUAUUACCCUCCCACUGCAGAUCCUGGAUGUGGUGGGCUAAGAGCUGCUGGGACUGAAUUACCGUUGUGGUUUAAGGUAACCUUGCUGAGAGAUGGCGGAGCAGCGUCAGGACAUCACCAUGAUGGAGGAUCAUGCAGCUGGCCAGGAGAAGCACAUCCCAUCAGGCUAUCCCCUUCAGAUACCAGUCGAUGAUGGAUCGGAUGAGCCUGUUUCUGAAACAUCUGACGCUAAGAGCACCCCAACUACGGAAGAUGCCACAGCACCUUUAGUGGAGGAAGGAGACCACGAGGAUCAGGGUGGUGUUGAACAGCACGGGGAGAUCCCAGAAGGAACCACAGGUGAAGAGGCGGGGGUGGGAGCCACUCCCAACCUGGAGGACCAUGCUGCAGGAGAUGCCACUCAAGGGGAGCCAAGCUCUCCAAAGCUACAGCCUGGCACUCAGGAGCGUGUGGGAGAUGCAAUAAAAAGAGAAAGCCAGCCCACAAAGCAGGCAGCCGGGCUUCUUCAGCAGCCUCUUCUGUCACAUGAAGCAAAGGCUACAACAGUAGCUCCCACCAGAAUCGAGGUGACUAUCCCAAUACCUCUGGAUAUGUACCAAGACUCCAGAGGAUCUGAAGACAAGAAUGAGUUGUGGGAUCAUCGAGGCAGAGAAGGCAUUGGUGUGGAUCCAGCGCUGGGAACAGAGCUAGGUUGUGAUGUGCGCACUGCGGGGUUGGCAGGAGCAGCUGGCACAGGUGACUCCCAUAUUAAAGAUGGGCCAUCUCCUUUAUAUACCAGAGCUCCAUUAAAAGAAGAUGCCAGUGGUCAGGAAAGAGAUGAGGACCGUGAUAUUGAUGAAACUUCUGAACAGGAUUUGCUUUCCCUGGUGGGACACCAUGUUUCACCAGGACCUGGAAUGGACUUGUGUCCAGCAACAGCCAAGGAAGCUCUUGAAGAAAGUGCCUCUGAAGAAAAAAAGUCCAAAGAUGUCCUCAGAGACGUACCAAGAGAGGCACUUCUUGUUGAAACUGAAUUGCAUAAAGCAGGAGGGGACCAAGAGGAUAGGAGACAGCCAUUGAGCGGGGAAGAAGACACAGAUGUCACCCCAUCAGAGCCUUCUGAAAUCAUCUCCCAAAAAGAAGCAGAGCCCAGGGAGGAAGAAGAUUCUGCGCCCUUGCUAGAAACAGCCAAGCUCCCCAUUGCGUUAAAAGAUGAUGUGGAAGACAAAAAUGCUGCUUUGGAAGAGCCUGUGCCAGACAGAGGAGAACACCAGAUGCCCAAGAAGAAACCUUGUGCCCAUGUUGCAGAUAAAGCCGUCAGUCACGUCCCUCUCCUAAAAGGUCGUAUUAACAGCAAAGACAAGGAGGGCACUGAAGAUGAUGUAAAGAAACCGAAGAAAUCCUCACCUUCCACUGCCAAACCCCCAGGCGAUAGACCCUCCAUCCCUCCCCAACGACACACUUCCUCUAGCACAACCCCUUCAAAAACACCCUCCAGCCCUGCUUCCACCUCUAAAAGAGUCUCUUCUGUCACAUCCCGAUCUGCCAGUACAGGAAGGCACGAAACAAAAGCCAAGGGCCCAGAGAUGAGAGGUGGCACAAAGACGGCCACGCCACGGUCUGCAGGCGGGCAGGCUCAGAGGAACUCAACCAAUGCCACGCGCAUCCCAGCAAAGACGCCCACGGCCCCCAAGACACCUCCCAGCUCUGGCAGAAAGGAGCAGAAAAAACCACCUCCUGCAGCAGCAAAGUCUGAGAAAGGUGAGCAGCCAAAGUCUGGAGACAGAAGCGGUUACAGCAGUCCCGGCUCCCCCGGGACUCCAGGCAGCCGUUCCCGCACUCCCUCUCUGCCCACCCCACCAGCCAGGGAGCCCAAGAAGGUGGCAGUGGUUCGCACACCACCGAAAUCUCCUGCGUCUGCCAAGAGCCGCAUCCAGCCGUCAGCCGCACCCAUGCCUGAUCUGAAAAAUGUGAAGUCCAAAAUUGGCUCAACUGAAAACCUGAAGCACCAGCCCGGAGGUGGCAAGGUGCAGAUUAUUAAUAAGAAGCUGGACUUUAGCAGCGUUCAAUCCAAGUGUGGCUCAAAGGAUAAUAUCAAACACAUCCCGGGAGGAGGCAGUGUGCAGAUUGUUAAUAAGAAGUUGGACUUUAGCAGCGUUCAAUCCAGGUGUGGCUCAAAGGAUAAUAUCAAACACAUCCCGGGAGGAGGCAGUAGUGUGGGUCCAGGAAAGAUGACGGACCAAGGAAGGAGCCAUCACCGAGACCCCAAAUGGUGCGACCCAGAGUCUGCGGUUGGCUGGUCUGCAGCCAUCUGAGGAAGCUAUCUGGUGCCCCUCAGAUGUUGCUGAUGGAUUUUCUUUGCACUGUCUUUGAUCUCUGAGGACGCCCUCCCUGAGAAACUGAGCAUUGCAGGGGCUUGGCACGUAAGCACUGGGACAUAACUGGGUUUGCAACCUCCGUCUUAAAUUUGAUGUCAUUCUGCAUUUAUUUAAUGGGUCAGAGGAGCUGCUUUGCGGAGGUCAGACCUCUCUGAAGCAGGUUCCGUGCUUGUUCUGCUCUUUCUUACCCCAGGGUCCUGCACGGGCUGGACUGCCUGGUGUGUGGAGGACCACUUGUUAUACCAGGAGUUAGUGUUCGUCACGAAUCAUCUGUGCUGUGGCUGGUAAUUAGCUUCAGCACAGGGUGGUGAGCUCAUCCUUCCUCCACCAGGAGUUCACACCAUGGUCAAGCGUUUGCAGCUGCAAGUGGCUGCAGAAUUGUCUGGAUUUUUGGCUGGAGGUUGUAAUCCCUCCCCAGGCUCUGCCAGCAGUGAAAAUCAUGUGAUCGCUGCCGGCUGUGUUGACACAGAAAGCAGCAGCUUAGCUCUGGGUGCGGGUGCUCAGAGCAAAGCCAUGCGCUGACGUGGCCAGAGCGUGGCCGCACAGGCUGUCCUGGUGGCAGAGCUGUGCCGUGGAGCUCCUCCCAUAAGUAGGGCAACAAGAGACCACCGGGGUGUGAUGGCUGUCAUGUCUUAAUCCUCCAUGAUGCUGUCAGCAGUGACUGCCUGCCCAGCCAUUGCUGCUUCAAGAGGAGUGAACGUUGCUGCAGUAGCCUGGGAUUGGCACCUCUUUGUUAAGCCAGGCGAUGCGUUAGAUGAAAGUUGACCUAAGCAUUGCUGAUGCUGAGAGGUGGGAUCCCCAGGUCUCUGGCACCGGUUUCCCAGGCAAGCAACUCUGACCCUUUUCCUUUCUUGCUAAAAUGGGGAGGACCCUUCUCUGUUCCCUGGCAGGAUGGUAAGGGUUAAUCAAGGCCUGUCUGUAAAAAAAGGGAUCUGGAAUGAGAGCAGAAAGUGUUUCAGUUGCUGAUUGCUUGCUCUGGAAACGGGAGGGCUUUCAGUCCCGGGUCCCACUGGUGCCCAAAUUGCUCAUAGCCCUUUCGGGGGUCACAGCUGGGAUUAGCAAGGCGCCAGCUGUCCGUUUGGGGUCUGCUUCCUGCCUUCCGACUGCUGCCCAGUGCAUUAAACGUGUGAUCCUUCCCCAGUGCUGUCGUCAUGUCUGUGUCUGCGAUGUGCUCCCAGACCCUAGGAUUGCUUCUCUCUCCUCACUCUGUCUUUACUCUCUGUCAAAUGUGCCUUUUGGUAUGCGUGAGCAUCGGAGACAAGGCAGGCCCGUGUGCAGGACGCUUGGGCUCUGGGAUGGAGGGAGGGUGGCACCAAGUCUCUGUUCCCCCCCUCCUUUUCCUGGCUGCAUGAUGGAGGGGGGGGUGUUAUUUCUCACUCGUGUGCACAACCAUGGUCCAACACCAGCUCUGAGGGUGAUGGGGCUGGUGGAUGUGGGGCCAAUGUGAAGGAACUGAAGGAUGGACCUUCACCCUAGGGUGGUCAGGUUGAUGAAGAGCAGUGGCUACGGUAAAUCCUUUGUGCUGGCCUUUGGCCACGUUGGUCCAGAGGCUGCCUGGCUGCUUGGAGGAGUCGGCUCCUCUGCAAAGGUCCCUUUGGUGCCGGCACAUCCUUCCUCAGAUUUGUGAGAGCGGCACGCCUGCCGUGGUGCUUGGUGAAAGCACAGAGAUAAGCGUAUGCUUGCCUUGAAAUCCAGGCUAUAACUGAGUGCCAGACUCUUCCCAGUGAGUAGGAACCAACCCUGAGGUGCUGAUGAUCCAAUUUCUCCUGCACAGCCCCACUAACUACAGCAAUAGCUGAUUCACACAGGGCUGUGAGCCCCAAACCAGGGUCCAAGUUAACUUCUGGGGGUAUGGGGAUGCUUUCUCACCCCCUUGUCUCCUGCUCCUGCUGUAGCUGGUGUGUAUGUGCUGUGGCUUGCUGUCCCUGACACGCCUGAUGGUCCCAGACCUCUCCAGUCGUUGGUGUGUAACUGCUAACGUCACCCCAAACAGCUCCACAUUAACUGUUCCUUGUGUGUGCGUCUCGUGUAACCCGGUCGUCCGUGCGCAAGAGGCCGCCGGCCCCGCGCCCAGGCCUGCCACAGCGUGGUGGCUCGGCUCUGAAUGGGGCGGGCUACGUGGGAUGGGGGCCCCGG